GAAAGCAGAGAGUACUUUCAAAAAGUUUCUUUGAGAGUGAAAUCAACCAGUCAAAAACCCAAAAUACAAUUCAUUGUAGAAAGAUCAUAUAACUCUUGCAUUUUUCAUUUUCUCUUCAAAGUUUCAAUCUUUUUUCCACUUUAGAUCUACCCUUUUCGAGUCUACGUAUAUACAUGUAAAUUUGAAUCAGAAAGUUCAAGCUUUAGCAGCAUUUAAAUGGUGGGAUGGUGGAGACCUUGUGAUUCUAUUUUCUAAGAACAGAAAAAAAAAAAAAAAGGUUAGAAUCCGAGGAAUGGAGUAGAAGGGGAGACAAAGCAUAGAGUUAUUGAGAGUAAUAAGGAUUCCGUUUGAACCCAACAGUGAGUUUUAUUGUAAAAAAGACAGAAGAAAAAAAGAGAGGGAAGUGGAAGCUUUGGUUCCUUUUUCAGGGAUUCAAGUGUAUUUUUAUUAUAAAGGUCACAAAAGGGGUUGGCUUUUUAGCAUGCCACUUGGGUUUUAAUAAAAGGGGAGAAGCGUCAAGGCACCAGAGACUGUGAGAUACAGAGAAGAAAAAAAUAUGCAGGAAAUAAAGAAGAAGAAUUGUGGAGCAGGUAGCAAUGAAGAUUCCAAGAAGAAGGAGCGUCAUAUAGUAACGUGGACUCAAGAGGAAGAUGAUAUACUUCGUGAACAAAUCAGUUUAAAUGGAACUGAAAACUGGGCGAUAAUUGCCUCUAAAUUCAAGGAUAAAACGACAAGACAGUGCAGAAGAAGAUGGUACACAUACUUGAAUUCUGAUUUCAAGAAAGGGGGAUGGUCACCAGAGGAAGAUAUGCUUUUAUGUGAGGCUCAAAAAAUCUUUGGCAAUCGAUGGACAGAAAUAGCAAAGGUGGUUUCAGGCAGAACGGAUAAUGCUGUUAAAAAUCGGUUCUCUACACUGUGCAAGAAGAGAGCCAAGUAUGAAGCCUUAGCAAAGGAGAACACUACAUGUAUAAACCCAAAUAACAAAAGAAUUUUACUCAGAAAUGGGUUCAAUACAGAUGGAACAACCGAAUGCACUGCUCCUGUUAAGAGAAUGAGGAGAUCCCACAUCUCUGAUCUCUCUGGAAAUUGUAACUUUGGAGAUAGAGCACAUAGAGUGUCUGCAACAAUAAUCAAUCAGCAGCAAAGACAUCCAUUUGCUGUUUUGGGUCAAAAUCUCCACAAUGUUAUCAACGUGUUAGUGCAAUCUCAAGUCAACAAUGUUAAAGAGGUCUCUGAUGAUGCAGCUCAGAAUAAUAGAAUUCAAGGAACAUUUUUCAAACAGGAUGAUCCAAUGAUAACUGCUUUGAUGCAGCAAGCAGAGCUACUCAGCUCACUUGCAUUGAAAGUUAACACAGACAACACAGAUCAGAGUCUGGAAAAUGCUUGGAUGGUGAGAAGUAAUUUUGUAUAUUCUAUAUGUUUUUGUGUUACCAACAUCCAAUGUUAUCAAUCGGGUAGCUUCACAGUUAGUAAAGUGCUGAGUCUUAAAUACCGUGGGACUAACAGUCCAUUUUAUGUUUUGCAUGUCCCUAAACUUCAUCCUAUGUUAUUUUCAGAUUCUCCAAGAUUUUUUGAAUCAGAGUAAAAAAAAUGACAUCUUCAGAUGUACGAUCUCUGAUAUUGAUUUUGAACUUGAGGAUUUCAAAGACUUGCUGGAGGAUUUAAGGAGUAGUAAUGAG